UGGUGGUGUCGCACUUUGUCUUAGUCCAGAAGGUCGACGCAAUGGUGAAGCACUUGUAAGGUUUGAAGAUUCUGAGCAACGUGAAUUAGCGCUUAAAAGGCAUCGACAUUUCCUGCACAAUCGUUAUAUCGAAGUGUACCGUGCUACAGGAAACGAUUUUCUACAGGUUGCCGCAGGCUCUAACUCAGAAGCAGUACGUUUUGUGAGCCGCGGUAGCACAGGUGCCAUGAUUGUUCGUAUGCGGGGCCUUCCAUAUGAUUGCACCGAAGCACAAAUUCUUGAAUUUUUCGCGGAGGGCGAAAAUGGUUGUAAAGUAACAGAUGGCGGUAUUUUAUUUGUGAAUAAGAGUGAUGGCCGACCAACCGGUGAUGCUUUUGUAAUGUUUGAUAAUGAGGAAGCUGGCCAGAAAGCGCUUACCAAGCAUAAACGUACUAUUGGUACUCGAUAUAUCGAACUUUUCAGAUCAACCCAAGCAGAAGUGCAACAAGUGGUGAAUCGAAAUUUGGAAAAUGAUCAACGCAUGAUGGUUCAUGGGAGUAGUAGAAAGGACUGUAUCAGAUUAAGGGGACUUCCCUAUGAAGCUCAUGUAGAAAAUAUUGUCGAAUUUUUGGGCGAAACCGCUCGACACAUUAUGUUUCAGAUGGAUUCGGAGAUGAGUGCCGCAACUGCUGCUGCAUUAGCUCAUAACAAAUACAUGCAAAUAGGAAAGAAACAACGAUAUAUCGAGGUAUUUCAAUGUAGCCCGGAAGAUAUGAAUUUGGUUCUGGCAAACCCGCCGUUACCACCACAGUUUAUUUUGCAGCCAAGACCGGUUUUCCCACAACAAACUGUUCAAAGUUUGGUACCAGCAAUAGUACCACCGUUUACACCGUUAUAUUGGCCAUGUCUUAGUCCACCAGCAUCACCAUGUAUCUAUCCACUUCAAUCGCAACCCGGUCUAGUUCUGGUUACCGGACUUUGCCCAAAUAUUACACCACAAGAUAUUUUGGCAUACUUUCAGACCAGUCCGGAGAUAGCAAUUGAAAGUGUUCAAAUGCUGCGAUGGGGAACGGCACAGUAUGCCGGCGAAGCAUUGGUGCGCUUCCGCUCACGAAUGGAUGCGGAACGAGCUCUAGCAGAACAUGUUGGAGCUCCACUUGGUACCGUACCAUUAAAUCUUUCACUUAUACAUACCUGA